AAUGUUUUUAAAAAAUUAAAUAGUACUAUUGCAAAAAAUUUUUCAAACUCUGGGUUUCUUUGCAGUAAAAUAUUUAGUAGAUCCUUACAUGAUGUCACUAAAGUUCAGCAAACUUCACCUAAAGCUUAUUCGAAGUUGAUGUGUUGGAUGCAUUGGCUGACUGCUCCAGCCUUAAUAGGGACUGUAGGGGCCGUACUCUACUCUCAGCAACUGAAAGGCAAGGAGAGAGGAAAUGUGCUCUUCUUACACAAAAGCCUGGGUCUGUUAACCGCCUUUAUAGCCAUUCCGAGGAUAAUAGGAAGUCUUACUUCUCAACAUCCUGAGAGUUUUAAAAAAGGAAUUUUAGGAACUGCUGGAAAACUCAAUCAUUUAUUUCUUUAUAUUUUCCUUGUGGUAAUGCCGAGUUCUGGCAUACUUAUGGGGUACUUUGGAGGCAAAGGUCUGCCAUUCUUUUUCACCACUUUAAAAGGCUCUGAGAAACCAAAUGAAAGUAUAUCAAAAAAAUCUUUUUGGUUGCACAAAAACUUUGGUUCUUAUGCUAAGUACUUAAUCCCUCUUCAUGUGGGAGCCGUUGGUUUUCAUUUGGCGAGAGGAGAGGCCAUUUUUGCUAGAAUUAAUCCUUUUCGAAAACUAUGAUCAAGGUCCGU